ACUAUUUGUGAAGGAGAACUGUCCCAAACGUCAGACAGGUAUAAACAUAUAUCAGAGAGAACAGAAGCAAGAAAAACUAGGAAGAAAGGCGUUUGAAAAAACAGAGACAUGGAGAAAAACAGCAUUCCCAGCUGAGAAGAGACUCAAAACAAGGUAUCCUGGUGGCUUCAAAGGGUUUCAGGUUUCAACCGGUUACAACUAGUGUCCAUGCUUUUGAAGACCUUCUUCUCCAAUAUGAAUAGAGAAAGAGAGUUAUGCCCAGUAUUGGUUACAGUCCACGUGGGUGAACACUCAUUGCUGCAACAAGAAGAUAACCUUUGUUGAUAGAAAACUCCAACCAGCACUGCCUGUCAUUGAUUGAUACUGCUAUUUUUCCACAACGAUCCUGAGUGGUUUGAUAAGGGUGGCAUGUCUUUUGUCAGGUCUGUAGAUUCAUCCACCUCCUCUUAUGGAGAGUCCAACCUGUAUGUGCUCAAAAGCAACAGUGACGGGACUGGUUUAUCCAGUCAAAUAUUCAGCUCAGAUAAGUGGAAUUCCAAGUCCAGUCAUGAAUCUUACCGCCAUGAUCUUCAGAGUUCUUUCUUAGAAGAGUUUCCUGCUAAACAGGCUGUAUUACAUCACCCAUCUAACUCCAUGACUCCAGGAUCUGGUUUUCGACCACAAGGUCUCACUUCCUAUCCGAUGAUGGCUACUUCUGGAUCUUCUUCUGUCACUACACAAAAUCCAUAUAACUCGCAUUUUGCACCAACUCGGCUUCCACACCCCUCAUUUGCUGAUGUCACGCAUCAUGCCCGCUCUGUAUCGGAAUACAUGGAUAUAGGAACCCCGGAGCAUGGGAUGGACUGUGAUGAAGACGACAUCAGAUUAAAGCUUCAAGAACUAGAGAGAGUGCUGCUGAAUGAUAAUGAUGAUGAAGAUCAGGGCAUGAGCAUUGGUGGCGAAUGGGCUGAUCCCAUCAACAAUCUUCUUUUCCCCACCUCACCAAAGGAAUCAUCCUCCUCAGACUCGAACCUCAGCUGCAUCACCAGCAACAAAGAUACGCCUGUGCCACCUGCCUCCAGUGCACAUUUGUUAAAGAAUCUAACUCCCAAGCAGUUACUCUUUGAGUGUGCUGCAGCAGUAUCAGAAGGAAAGAUGGAAGAAGCGUCGGCCCUUAUAUCUGAGCUCCGACAGAGGGUCUCGAUUCAAGGUGACCCACCCCAAAGGAUUGCAGCCUACAUGGUUGAAGGCCUCGUGGCCCGCAUGGCUGCCUCAGGUCAGGGCCUCUACAAAGCUCUCAAAUGCAAAGAACCUCCCACUUCAGACCGCCUCUCUGCCAUGCAGAUCCUCUUUGAGAUCUGUCCAUGUUUCAAAUUCGGGUUCAUGGCUGCCAACGGUGCAAUAGCUGAGGCAUUCAAAGAUAAAGAGAGAGUCCACAUCAUAGACUUUGACAUAAAUCAAGGAAGCCAGUACAUAACGCUCUUACAAGAGCUCUCAACUCAGAAAAACAAACCAACCCACGUGAGGAUAACUGGUGUGGAUGAUCGUGAGUCGGUGCAACGCUCAGUUGGUGGCCUGAAGAUCAUUGGGCAGCGGCUUGAGAAGCUUGCGGAGGUAUUGAGGUUGCCGUUUGAGUUCCGAGCAGUAGCUGCCAGGACAGGGGAUGUUACCCCAUCAAUGCUUGAAUGUCGGUCUGACGAGGCGCUCGUAGUCAACUUUGCAUUCCAGCUUCAUCACAUGCCAGAUGAGAGCGUCUCAACAGUCAACCAGCGGGACCGACUUCUGCGCAUGGUGAAGAGUUUGGAGCCAAAUCUCGUGACAGUCGUCGAGCAAGAUGUGAACACCAACACAGCCCCAUUCUUGCCGAGGUUUGUGGAGGCCUACAACUACUACUCGGCCGUGUUCGAGUCUCUGGAUGCGACGCUGCCGAGGGAGAGCCCAGACAGGAUGAACGUUGAGAGGCAGUGCCUCGCACGGGACAUAAUCAACAUUGUGGCUUGCGAAGGGGAAGAUAGGAUCGAGAGAUAUGAGCUGGCUGGGAAAUGGAGGGCAAGGAUGACAAUGGCUGGUUUUGUUGCGUGCCCACUCAGUGCUUAUGUAAAUGGGGCGAUACAGACGCUGCUGCAAAAAACGUACUGCGACAAGUACAAGGUGAAGGAAGAAGGCGGGGCCCUAUACUUUGGUUGGGAGGACAAGAUCUUGAUUGUUGCUUCAGCAUGGAGAUGAUUUUUGGGUACGUACUGCUGUGCUUGGUGUUCUUCUAUCAGUUCUUUUAUGCGUGUGUGUAUAUAUGCAUGGGAUUGAUUUAGUACUCCUAAUAUCUAUAAUCUAAGUACAUCAGGAGGAAAUAAAGGAUUUCUUUUUUGGUGAGCUA